AUGGAAUUAACGUUAUAUCUGUUAGCGCUGCACGUCCUAUCCGUUCUACAGCCGGCGUAUGGAUGGACGUUUGUCUGGCGCAAUGCAUCGAAUGACUCCUUCGUCGAACAUGACCAGCAACCCAAAUCUUGUACACAGAUAAAUAAUGCACAGGGUGAGCUGUUCGAGUGGGACUCUGAGGAAGGUCCCUUUGCUAUCUCGCUGUAUUCAAAUACAGAUUGCUCCGGCCCUCCGGGGGGCUAUGCGACGCACAUCUUCAACAAGAAUGCUAGCAAGCCGAUCCUUUCAUUCAAGGUCGAUUCCACAGCCACAACCACUACAUCCACUUCCUCAACGAGGACCACGUCUACCUCUGCGUCCAGUGCCUCGGCAGCUACUCAAACACCCACAAAUAACACCGCUGCUGCUUCUGCUUCUGCCUCCUCGUCUAGUUCGGGGCUAUCCAGUGGUGCAAUCGCGGGUAUUGUCAUCGGCGUGGUUGCGGGCGUUGCUAUAAUUGGGGGGCUGUUAUUCUUCAUGGGUCGAAGAAAGCGCCAAAGGGCGCCACCUGUUGCGGGCCCAAGCAUGGCAUACACGGACCCUUCCUAUGGGUCUCCAUCAUCGUAUACUACGCCCGCAUCAUUGGGCUCUGGAUUGACUGCCGUAACGGCACAAAAGGCGGCACCGACCCGUUCUGCACCGGGAUCCGCAACAGGUCCCGUCCGGUUGGUCGAGCUCCAGGGUGAUACUACGGCUGCUGAGCUGAGCAAUACUCAUGUUGUGACAGAGCUGGAAAGCCCUGUCACCGUCAAGGGUCCGAAUUGA